AUGCCCCGUCAAAUCUUCAAGAAAUGCGUCAUCGCAGUCGCAGGGCCGCUCCCAGGCCAGCUCACGGCCGAGAACCUCACCCAAUGGACCCGCCUCCGCAAGGGGAUCUUCAGCAACGACUUCGACGAGUUCGUGACGCACCUCCUCUGCACGCGAGAGCAGUUCAACAAACGAGUUCCAAGGGUUCAACAAGCUCUGAAGCGGGGGAAGCGGUUCCAUAUAGUUCACUAUGAUUGGUUCGAGUUCUCUGCCGUCCAGGAGAAGAAGCAGCCUGAGAAGGACUAUUCGAUGAGGGUUCUGCUUGCCAAGCAAAAGGCCCGUGAGAGGGAAGAGCGGAGGAUCGAAAAGGGUAUACAAAAUGAGGAGAAGUUCGUCAACACGAAUCUAUUUCACAUAUACACAGACCGGGAAUUCUUCUCAUAUCAAAUCGACAUCACGAGAGAUGACACUGGGCUGGGAGAGCUUGGUCAACGUUAUACCAUGUGUCUUUGGGAAUCCGACGCCAAGCCGCACCUUUACCAAUUCACAGCAAAGUUCCUCAAAAGAAAAGGAGACGGGCAGCCUACAUACUACCGCCCAAGUCCCUGCGCUGGGAAAUGGCGUGAUGAGAUGAAUCACUUCAUGGCAUUCUUUCGGAAGAAGACGGGCGUCGACUGGGAGGAUAGAGUGGCCAUGCAGAAGACCACCAAUACCGAGUACUUUCAGUAUACUCCACCGGCGGGAGGGAAGCCAGUUGGCCGCCGUUUGCGUCAUUCUCACGAUUACUGCCUCCAAAUCAAUGCCGAACUCAGGGGACUCCCAUGGCCACCGAAGGAAGAGAAACCAGAGGGCAUGAUGGAUAUGACUCAAGGAGGAGACAUAUUGGCGAUACCGGGUGGAAGUGAUGAGUGGGAGCCCGAGAUACCCGCUGAAAUGAGAAACGACAGUCCUGUUGACGAGGACAUGGAUACAAGCGAGGAUGAGACACCAUCGUCCACUCAAGACGCCCUAGAUGACGAAGAAUGUAAAGACGAGAUCACCAAUGAUGACCUGGACAAAGACUCAGACAUAGAAACAGAGAUACGUCGCCAGACUGAACUGGAGGGUGGUGAGACGGAAGAGCAACCAUUGACCUCUUCGUCGGAUGAUUCGACCGAGGGCUCAACCUCUCAACAAGUAGGAGAUGGACAUACAACGCCUACUAGCCUAGCAAGCGACAAUGCAUCCUGUUACUCAAUAGGUACAGGUGCCAUGCUGCCUGACGAAAUUCAUGACCCAAGGUUUUAUGAGGCUGUGAGAGAGGCACUCAAAUUCCCCGUUCCGAGCUGA